AGUGACUUUAACAGAACAGGGCUCCUGCUAUCACGAAUUCUCGUGAUAGAUGUGUCGUUGUUUGAGCUGUUUCCAGCCACCAUCGAUUUCGUAUAUAACAAUGACGUCAAAUAAUUAACUCUUAUCUAAACAUUGCGUAAAUUCAACUUGGCACGUGAAUUCGGCCUUUAAAGGCCUUCUUCGAGGAAAUCGAGAAAAUAAAAUCCUGAAAUGGCCGCGGCCGCUCCUUUGAUCUUGGCGGAGGACGAUGUUGAACGGGGUGGCAAGGAGCAGUCCGAUCACGAGAUACAGGAUGACUUUGCGUACAGGAACAACGUCCACAAUGCGGACAUCAAGAUACGAAUGGGCUUCUUACGGAAAGUUUAUGGUUUACUGAGCAUUCAGAUCCUUAUGACGGUCGCGCUAGCUUCGGUGUUUGUGGUCAGUUCAACUGUGAAGUUAUUCGUGCAAGAUAAUGUCUGGACCAUGGGUUUAGCGUUUAUCUUGACAAUGGUGUUCUUAAUUGCUCUGAUGAUAAAAAGGCGGGAUCAUCCCGCCAAUCUGAUUCUUCUAAGCGCAUUUACGCUGGUGCAGGCGUAUACUGUUGGAGUUGUGGUGUCCAUGUAUGACACCACAGUGGUCCUGGAAGCUCUGUUCAUAACACUGACGGUUCUGCUCGGUUUGACGGCUUACACCUUCCAGACCAAGCGAGACUUCUCGUUUCUAGGAUUCGGAUUGUUCAUUGGACUCUGGUGCCUCAUUCUCGGGGGUAUGAUGCAGAUCUUCAUCCAGAGCUCCGCCCUGGAAUUGGUCAUAAGCAUCGGAGGCGCACUGCUGUUCUGCCUGUUCAUAGUUUUCGACACGCAGCUUAUAAUGCACACGCUCUCGCCCGAGGAGUACAUCCUGGCGACGAUUAACAUCUAUCUGGAUAUAAUCAAUUUGUUCUUACAUAUAUUACGUGUGCUUGCUCUCUCGAGGAAGUGAACAGUAUUACUUUCGAGCGAAAUGUCAGAGAAGCGCGAGAGAGAAGCAGGAUAUUCUAUAAAUCUUUCAUCUUGUAAUAUAUAUGAUAUGUACGCGAAGUCCAGAUGAUAAGCUUAUAUUUUUUAUUCAAGUACUUCUAGCUCUUGAAAUAUAAUUUAAGGUGCUGUUUUUAGUGUUGGACAUAAGGAAUUAUCUGUGAAUGAAAAAAAAAAAAA